UGUAGUAAUAACUGAAUUUAGUUGGUUAGUUAAAUUAAUGCCGCAAAGAGAGAAAAGAGAAGUCCUGUCAUUGAGCAACUGUUUUUUUCUCUCAACACAUAGUCCCUCCCUCAGUCCCCAUCAUAUAAAAUAAGUGUAUAUUUGGGGUGAUGUGAUAGGUGUCUGGUAUGAGUGUUUAGAUCAGUAUGUCUGAAGGAAUAGUCUACGCUGAUGUGAAGUUCAAAAAGCACCAACAGACUGAAGGAAAAGAUGGUGCUGGUGACCCUGAUUCUCAGGAGGGGUCAAAGGUCAGAGCAGGUGGAUGUGACCCUGUCAAAGUGGUCCUGGUGACUCUCUGUGUUCUUCUGAUGGGGACGGUCAUUGGACUUCGGUUUCUGUAUAUCAGCAACCUGCCAACCAAAAACGCAGAGCUCCAAAUUCUGCAAGUGGCUUACAAUCAAAAUCUUACAGAUUUGGAAAAAGCUUUUACCUCAGCUUUAAUGAUCAAAAACAGAGAGCUUCAAGAACUGCAAGUCAAGAACAAAGAUCUUCAGGAGAAGGAACGUGCAGUUCGGCAACACAAUGAAGAAUUGAGAAAGCAGAGAACUCCACCCUCUUGCCCUACAAACACAGGGAAUAAUGACUGUCCUCAACCUAUGAACUGUGCUGAAGCCUGGGAUUAUUAUGGGGGAAGUAAGGAAUGGGUACAGCGCUCCAAGGACACCUGGAAAGCCAUUCAGGAUUCACUAAGGUUAGUGGGAGAACGGCAGAAGAGGAGCACUGACCAGCACCGCAGUGAGGCCCCCGUGUUUGCACCGGGGGACAGGGUCUGGCUCUCGACCCGAAACCUGCCCCUCCACCUGCCCUGUCGGAAGCUGGGGCCGCAGUGUGUGAGGCCGUUCAAAGUCCUGAGGAGAAUAAACAAGGUGUGUUACAGGUUACAACUUCCUAGGUAUUACCGUAUUAACCCCUCGUUUCAUGUGUCUCUCCUCAGGCCGGUGGUGGCUGGUCCCCUGCAAGAAGGUGAGGUGCCUGAGGUCCCUCCGCCCCCUCUGGACAUCAAGGGGUCCCCGGCGUACACGGUUCGGGGCAUUCUGGAUUCGAGACGCCGGGUGGGGGGCCUACAGUACCUUGUGGACUGGGAGGGGUACGGUCCGGAGGAGAGAUGCUGGGUUCCUGUGGGGACAUUUUGGACCCUUCUAUCCUGAGAGAUUUCCACCACCUCCACCCGGAUCGCCCGGCACCUCGUCCUCCGGGUUGUCCUCGAGGCCGGUGGCGGCGCGCUGCGGGGGCCGCGCGUC